AUGUCGGACGAGGAAAGAGAAGAAGUCUCUGUAGCUCAAGAGGAGCUCGAUGAUUUAUUUGGCGAGAGUGGAGGUGAAGACCAAGACCAAGACCAAGACCAAGAAACCAAAAGUGAUUCAGAAGAGCAGCAGUCACAAUCGACGUCGAAAAGAAAUCGAGUAGACUAUGAUUCGCAGAAUGAGGGGUCUAAUGAUGAUGAUGAAGAAGAAGAAGAAGAAGAAGUUGAAAAGAAAGUGUUGGAGAUCUCAUUGCCACGUCAUGCUGUGAGUCUGAUAUCUGAAGGCACUAAGAUAUUGAAAACACCGGCUCAUUUGAAGAUCGAGCCUCGUCCAUUUGACCCCAACAAGUUUAAGGACGAGGUGGAAUACAAGAUGCAGGAAAGAAAAGAGCAAGGAUUAACCUCAAAACAGAUAUACAAUGAGCAACUAGCGGAGAAAUUGAUCAAUGAAACCACCAUUAGAUGGAGAUAUCACAAUUCUGGAAAUGACGAGAUUAUCAAACAAUCGAAUGCCCAUUUUGUCCAAUGGAACGAUGGAAGUGUAAGUUUAAAGAUUGGAAAUGAGAUGUUUGAUGUCAAGAGUUUACCAGUGGUAGACAACCUUUUGGUUCGGUCUCAUAAGACUGCAGAGUUUUUGCAAACGGACUCUAUUAUUGAACUGAAUAUCAACUUGCUUCCUGCAUCGACCAAUUCGAUACACAAGAGAUUGUUGCAGGUGAUGAAGAACGUGCAGUUUAAGGACAAAAUUUUGAGUACCACAACAGAAGUGGAUCCGUUGAUGAAGCAAAGGAUUGAAGAUGAGAAUGAGAAGAAGAAAUUGAAGAUGAAGAGGAUGUUGGAGGCAAAGAGACGUUUGCAAGAGCAGAAAUGGGAGAGAGGCGAUAGUCCUGCUGUUGGCGGAUCCCGUGCAUAUAGUGCUUACGCUGAUGAAGACGAAGACGACGAUGAUUAUGGUGUAGGUGGUGGCCGUGGUGGAGCAGCUGAAGAGUAUGACGAAGAGGAUGAUUUUGUUGCUGGAGAUGAAGAAGAGGUGGAGCAAUAUGACGAUGAAGACGAAGAGGAGGAAGAAGAAGAGGUAGAAGAGCAAGAAGAGGAGUUUGAGAAAGGUGCAGAGAGAUUGAGGAAAUUGAAAGAGGAAGGAGCUGCGCGGUACAGAGAAGCCUCUGUUGAGGAGGAGACUCGGAAACGAAGGAGAAUUAUUGACAGUGACGAGGACGAUGAAUAG